GUGGCAAAUUCCGUGACGAUUUAUGGCCUGUGUAUUUCCAUUUGCGGCAUCGUGACCGGCCUGAUGCCCUGCCUCUUUGGGAAGUUGUUCAGCAUGGGGCUCACCUACUACUUCCUCGUCUUGCUCUGCGGCGUGUUUGGCUUGAUGAUUGCGGCAAAUUACUCACUCACACCCGUCAUCCUACUUCAAGUCGUCAGUUUGGAAAAGUUUACCCCCGCGUACGGUCUUCUCCUACUUGUGCAAGGGAUCGGAAACCUGAUCGGACCACCCAUUGCUGGCCUCCUCUACGACUACACGGGAAAGUACGCCUGGUCAUUUUGGAUCGCUGGGGGUGGGAUCUUCAUCUCCAACUUUUUCAUCCUCGCCCCAAUCUAUCAACGCCAUCAAGCCCGGUACGAAGAGUCGACUCGGACAUUUCCGCCAGUCGCAGCAGUGGACGCAGCAACAGCAGUUGUGAAGAAGGACACAGAGGAAACAGCGCCAGUCCGACGCCAAGCAUCCUCAAAGAUCUCGACAGGAAAAUGGGGGCAGGGGAUAACAAUGCGUGAAAAAAAGUUCACUAAUGAACGCAAUACUUAG